ACCAGCAGAAUACGCUCAUCAUCCACAUUAAAAAAACAGUGUAAAAUUAAAACAGAAGUCAUAAAUUUACUGCUAUUGGGACUCACUGGUUAUAAAUUUCUAUACAAAAAAAAAACAGCAACAACAUUUUCGACGUAAUAAUAAUAUUCUGGUAUUUAGUUCUAAAUAUAAAAAAAACUACAUGAUUUUAAUGAACAGAACUUCAGUCUAACGACAGCAAACGACCCUGCAACAACGACGACGCGCAUCGCUGACUACGAGCCGCAAAUAAUUAUAAAGAAUUUAACAACAAACAUUCCAAAAAUCAUUCGAAAUCAGAGAAGGUACUCAGUAGUAGUAGUUGUGAUCGUGAAAAAGCAGUGGAUAUUACAAAAUACUAACAACAAAUAGCAAACGAAUUAAAUCAUUAAAAACAAAAAAAAAGUUAAAUAAUAUUUAAAAAUAUUUAAAGAAUUAAAAGUAAUCAGCAAACAGGAUUUAAAAAAAACUAAAAAAUUUUAUAAAAAUUUAAAAAAAUUAAAAGAAAAUUUAAACUUUAUAACAAAACACCAUGAAUUAUAACAGUUUAUGUUUAAAAAUAACAAAUAAUUUUAUUUAAAUUAUCAGAUGACAACAAAGCUUAAUCGAAAACCAAGCGAUUCGACAGAAUAAACUAAAGUGGUUAAAAGGCCCCCUUAAAAUUUAGCCAAAUUAAAAGGGAAUUAUCACAGUUUCUAUUAAAAAACACAGCUGUAUAACAGUUCCUAACAAGCAAAGAAUAUUAUUCAACAUUCCAGCAAAGAAAUUUUUAAAGCAGAACAAUAUUGAAGAGAAAAUUCAAGCUUAUUCCAUAAUUAUAACAGUUUCAACAGUAUAACAGUUUCAAAAGCUAACUGUAUAACAGUUUCUAACAAGCAGAGAACACCAUUUAACAUUCCAACAAAGAAAUUUUUAAAUCACAACAAUAUUGGAGACAAAAUUCAAGCUUAUUCCAUAUUUCUUUACUAUAAAACUAUAAAAGAAAAUUAUAACAGUUUCAACAGUAUAACAGUUCUAAACCAGUAGUAAAUAUAAUUUACUAUUUCCAGCAAGAAUUUUUAAAAGAAAAUCUAUACAAAUUCAACCAAAUUGAAAAGCGGCGCAAAGACCCCCUUGGAAAUUAUAACAGUUUGAAUUUACAACAAAAGCUGUAUAACAGUUCUUAACCGCAGUGAAUGUAAUUUGGCCUUAGAAGCAAAAAAAAAAACUAAAAGAAACUCUAUAUUUUACAUAAAAUCAAAAGCGGUCAAAGUCCCCUUUGCAGCGCAAAACGGAAUUAUAACAGUUUCAACCAACAAAAGUAACAGUUUUUCAAUUCUCACCAAUAACUAAAGUUAAUUUAUUAUUUAAAACAACGAAAUUGGAAACAAAUUAAAAAUUCAAGGUCGUGCUCAAACCUCUUUUAAUAUUUAACACUUAUACAGGAAUUAUAACAGUUUGAACAUUAAAAAUUAGCUGUAUAACAGUUAAAAACAAGCAGUGAAUAUAAUUCAUCAUUAGCAGCAAGAAAGUCUUAAAGAAAUUUGAUAUUUGGAAUAAAAUUCACAAGUGGUCAAGGCCCCCCUUUAAGAAAUUUUGAGGGUAAAAGAGAAUAUUACAACUAUAAAUAAGAAUUUAAUCUAUCAAUUAAAAUUACAAAAAUUAAAAUAAAUAAAGACCAAAUUUAAGUGAAAUUUAAACCCCCCUUUAAAUAUUUAACACGCAAAUAGAACUCUUGAAACAGGUUGUAUAACAUUUACAAACAAGCUGUGAAUAUUAUUUAUCACUACCCACCAAAAAAUCUUAAAGAAAUUUAUUAUUUAAAGCAGCAUUGAAAAGUGGCCUAAAUCCCCCUUUAGCAAUAACAACAGUUUAAGCUAACAAAACUUAUGAACAACAAUUUUAAAUAAGAAAAGAAUUAAAUUCAACAUUCCCAGCAAGAAAAUCUACAAGAAAUUCAAUAUUAGAAGCAGAAUUCAUAAACGGUCAAAAGACCCCUUUAAAAAAUUUUACCACAAAAAAGUAUUUUUUUAUUAUUUGAGCAAUUAAAGCUUAAUAACUGAAUUGCUAUACUCAAAAUAAAACUUAAAGUGGUCAAAGUGCCCCCUUUAACAUUAAAGAAAAACCGAAAAUAACAUCUUCAAAACGGCAGUUAAACAAGCAAAACCCUCCACCAAAAUGCAAACUUCUGCAGGCAACAAUUGUGCCACAACACAAACCCUCGAAAGUCGACGACUCCUGCAACGUCUUCUACUCGAUCUGCUGAUCAUCGUAGUACUCCUAAUACCCAUAAUAGUAUGUGAAUUUGCCAUAGAACCAUUUCGCCGCGGCUUCUUUUGUGAUGAUGAAACCAUACGUUACCCCUUCAAAGGCAACACCAUAACCCCAGUAAUGCUGGGUCUUAUAGUGGGACUACCGCCCGUCAUAGUCCUCGUCAUAGGGGAAUAUGCCCGCCAAUACAACAAGGGCCAAUUAAAUAAUACCAGAGACAUAUUUGGCCGUCAGUUACCCAUUUGGAUGACCAACUGUUUUAAACAAUUUGUGUACUUCUGUUUUGGUUUACUGCUCACAUUCGAUGCCACCGAGGUGGGUAAAUACACCAUAGGCCGCUUAAGGCCCCACUUUAUGGCUGUUUGCCAGCCCCAGCUAGCAGAUGGCACCACCUGCCAUGAUUUGGUUAAUCAACAUAGAUAUGUGGAGAAUUAUUUUUGCCUAGGAUCCGGUUUCACCAUACAAGAUGUUCGCCAAUCACGCCUCUCUUUUCCUAGUGGCCACUCCAGUUUGGCCUUCUAUGCCUUGGUGUAUAUUUCACUAUAUCUACAAAAACGUAUGCACUGGCGUAGAUCCGAUCUAACCAGACAUUUUAUACAAUUUGCACUCAUCAUGCUGGCCUGGUUUACGGCGCUGACAAGGGUAAUGGAUAAUUGGCAUCAUUGGUCGGAUGUUUUGUCGGGCUCUUUGAUUGGUGUGAUGGGAGCUUUAAUAACAUCCAACUAUAUUAGUAAAUUCUUUAAAACUUCCUAUACAGAUUUUGGUUCCUUAAGAUUGGCGGGUCUGGCCAGACAGGAUACUUCGGCUACUUUAAAUGAGGUUUUGGCGGCCACGCCUCCUCCCUAUACGAUAAAUCAACAGCCGGUAAAUGCUUUUACAAAUGAAACAUAUUGUACGAAGGUGUAGAGAGAUUAAGGAAGGAGUAGGAGUUUAGGGUUAUAAUAAAAAAUAUGUGUAAAUAAUUAGAUUAACAAAAUCAUAAGUUAUUAAAGGAAGAAAUAUUGAAGAUGGGGAAGUUAGGAGGGGUAUUUUGACAGGAUUUUCAAUAACAACAUAAUUUAAGGAUAUUUUCUACGACUAAACAAAUGUCUUGACAUAAAAUGUCAGUGUCAUGACAUAAAUAUGUUUUAAGUGCUUUUUAAUAAAAAGAUUGUUUAAAAAGCAAAUAAACGGCUUUUUCAAAAAAAUAGCUUUGACAUAUUUGUGUCAUGACAUGAACAUGUUUUGGAUGGUAUUUAAAUAAAAAAAGAAACUGAAAUUGUAAAAAAAUAUCUUGACAUAAUGUCAUGUCUUGACAUAAAUAUGUUUUGUAUUCUUUUUAACAAAAAUUUAAUCAAAAUUGUCUAUAUAACUUUAAAAUUUCAUUUAAAGAAAUACAUACAAAUGUGUGACAUAUUUUUGUUAUGACAUAAAUAUGUUUUGUAUGAUCCUUAAUUAAAAAUACGAUUAAAAAUGAAAAAUCUUAAAAGAAACUGGAAAUUGAAAAAAAACUGUCUCGACAUAAAUUGUCAAAAUAUUGACAAAUUUUUGUCAUGACAUAAAUAUGUUUAGUAAAAAAUUUUUUGACAUAAAUAAGAUUAUAUAUGAAAAACCUUAAUUGAGCUGUCAAAAGAAACUGAAAUUGUAAGAAAUGUCUUGACAUAAUACCAUGCCUUGACAUAAAUAUGUUUCGUAUUUUUUUAAAUUAAAAAUUAGUUAUAAAUGGAAAAAAUAGUGAAUUAUCAAAUAAAAAAUAAUUCAAAAAAAAUAUGUUUAAAAAAAUGUCUCCAAAAAAUGUCAUAUUAUUUAUGUCAUAAUACAAAUAUGCUUUAUAUGCUAUUUAAAAUAAAUUGUUUAAAAUGGAUGAAACCUUAACAAAAUCAUGAAUUUUUAAUGAAAAUAGAUUUGACAUAAUAUGUGACAUAUUUUUGUCAUGAUAUAAAUAAGUUAUAGAUGAUUUUUUAUUAAAAAUAAGAUUUUGUAAAAAAAUGUCUUGACAUAAAUUGUCAAAAUAUUGACAUAUUUUUGUCAUGAUAUAAAUAUGUUUUGUAAAAUAUAUCUUGACUAAAAAUAAGAUUAAAUAUAAAAAACCUUAAUUGAACAGUUAAAUAAAUCAGAAAUUGUAAAAAAUGUCUAGAUAUAAUAUCAUGUCUUGACAUAAUUUCAUGUCAUGACAUAAAUAUAUUUUGUAUUCUUUUUACUCAAAAAUUAGU